CAAAUUCUCAAAUCCUUUGUUCAAUACUUCCCCUACUACAACACCACCUUAGGACUCUAUACUUCCCUCUCAGUCAAAGAAAAAACCUCCCCUACUCCUUAAAUUCACACUUUGACAUGGCGAAAACAACUCCAUUCUUGUGCUUUUUUUCGGUAUUGGUAAUUGCUUCAGCGGUUAUGAAGGUGCCGGUUUAUGCUCAAAUCAGCAUCCCUUGUACCGCGUCCAUGGUUUCUAGUUUCACUCCUUGCAUAAACUUCGUCACCAACAGCAGCACCACCGGGACUUCACCAACAGCAGGCUGUUGCACUUCACUUGCGUCAAUCCUGAGCGGUGGCACUGAUUGUAUGUGCCAAAUGGCAACCGGAGCUACCUCCGCCCUCCCAAUACCCAUUAACCGGACUCUAGCUUUGUCGCUGCCAAAAGCUUGCAAAAUGUCCGGUGUGCCUCUCCAGUGCAAAGCCUCUCCUAUUCCAGCUCCAGGUCCUAUUGCGUUUACUCCUACAGCUCCUGUUGUUCCGAACACAGCAUCACCAGCUUUGGCACCGGAAGCUGAUGACUCUCCAACCGUGGAGGCAGAUGCUCCAACCACGAAUUCAGGGAUUCGGCCAGUCCUCAACCCAUCAGCUGCUAGGCCUUCUUACCAAUUUUCACCAUCUUUGCUUCUUGCUCUGCUGGCAGCACUAGUUCUGAAGUUCUACUAAUUUGCUCUCUCUUUCAUGUGGCUAUCUGGAUAUGUAGAUGUAUUUGAGAAAUAUUCUUUCGGGGUGUGAAAUAAUGUUUGGGCUUGUUCAGAUAAUCGAUAGCUAUUGUUGAAUUAUUUUGUAAUGUAUUCGGAACAAAAACAUAAUUUCUCAAAUUCUGGU